CCACUGCAUGCAUUUUAAGAAAGAAAAACUUUCGUAUCGCAUGUCGGCAUCAUGAAGCUCUGUAACGCCUUCUUUCGGACAGCGUUGCUGAUUGCUUCCGGGGCGAAACUUGUCGUGGCCAGCAGCUGCGAGAAGCGCCUAGUCCCACCUUCCACCAUGCUGCUUGAACCCGAGGUGCACGUCAGGAGCGUCGACAAGGGCAGUCGUGCCGAAAUGGCCUGCCGCUUCUGCGACGAAGGUGCCUCGCUGACGAGUCGCCAGUGGUUCCGACGCUCAAUGGAGGGCGACUUCGAGCGACUCAAGCCCGACGCGCACGACGACCCGGCGCUGGACCGAGUGGCGGUGGCCGCCGACCACACGCUCACGUUGGCCAACGUGAGCGAGGUCGACGUCGGCUUCUACGUGUGCCACGACAACGAGGAACCACCCACGCGUUACAGGAUGGAGUACCUGCUCGACGGUGCGGCUCCCUCUCACCUUUUAGCCAUUGAUUUUUAUAAAGCACAGUGA